CUAUACCUCCGAUCCGAAAUCACACAACACGCGGUCACAUAUAAAUGCAAUAGCUAAGACAAGUGAGGGUAAAAAUCAAAUAUUAGUUAGUAUUAUUUGAAAUUUUAUUUGUUGUGUGCUCUGAACGACUAUUUGCUCUGUGUAGAAACGUGGCAAACAAUCAUAUUAUAAAUAAUACAAUCACAGAUUCAGACAGUGCGGUUGUGGUAUAAAUAAAGGAGUGUAUAUUCAGACAUUUAAUUAAACAAAGCUAUCCGUGAAUGCAACUUCGAUAAAACAAAGCAUUUUCAACAUAAAAGUAUUCUAUUCUUUUUGUGUUUACAUUUUGUUAAAUUAAUUAAUUAAUGCCGGCUCUUAUCGUAGUGAUAUGAAUAUUUGAACGCGACUUCGGUGUAGUCAGUGAUUAUAAACAAACAAAAGAGUUUUCUGUGUGAAUUCAAACAGCUACUAGCUGUAACGAUGUGAAUGUAUCGCAAAUUCCUAAUCAGUAUUAUAUCUCAUUAUCAUUAGUUGAAGAUUAUGUUAUUGUAUUGAAGCGAUAAACUGUUAUCAAACGAUAAAAAUAUUGUCAGUUAGUGUAUGAAUUGGCUCGUUUGAGAUUGGACGAAAUAUUUCUUCAUAAACUUGGUGCCGAUUCGUUUAUAUACAAUGUAUACGAGUCUACCUUUCUCGAUGGAGCACAUUCCUAAACAAAAGGGCUUCGGAUGCCUAUCUCUCAAAUUUGGCUGUAUAUUAUCGGGCUUAACUUUAAUCCUGUACUCCGUGCUGGUAAUAGCGCACUCCUCAGCCGCCAUCGCAACAGCCUCACAGUCGCUAAAGUUCGACUGGGAAGGAGUUUUGACGUAUGGCGUUUUGGCAACUGUCAUUUUGACACAUUGCGUCACGCUGUUCCUGACAGCCAUCAUGCUUGUCGGCACUUUGAGGGAAAAACCUCACUUGAUGCGUCCUUGGCUGGUGUGGAUGUCUGUGCAGAUCAUGAUCUACGUUCUCAUGUUCGUGUUUUGGACCACAACUAACAUGGUCAGUCAUAUGGGCGACACGUCGAUGCUCGGAUACGCGUUGGAAUUUCUAACUCUCUUAAUUCGUUUCUACAUGCUGGUCCUUGUUGCAAGCUAUUACGAUUUGUUAGAAAAGGACAGAGAAUACGGAGAGAGACUCAAAAGUUUGAACAAUCAACACUGGUACAACUCUGCUUGAUCUAGAAGUUUAAGUUUAAGGAUAACGGAAUACUCUUUUGUUGUUAUUGUUUGUUUUUUAUAAUUAUUUUUUAUUUGUAACUGUUUAUUUGAAACUGAAAACUGCUAUUAUGAACUUCUUGAGAGAAUUUAUCGCGUCAAGAGUUAGCAAGCAGCCAAUCUGUAUAAUAAACUGUAGGUAUAGUGUAUUAAACUUUGCUUAGUUACAUGUUGUAGGAUCAAUGGAUAUGUUCCUGAAUGAUUAAAUUGCAGAUUUUAAGAUUAUGCUAUCAUACUCAUGACUCAUGGUAGAUGAUGUCAUUUACCUUGUUGAUGUCUAUGGGCUCUGGUUACCGCCUAACACCAGAUGGGCCAUGAGCUCGUUCAUCUAUCCAUUCAAAAAAUAAAAAAUAAAAAUACGGAUUAAUUUGUAGUUUUCUAGCCCUUUUCUUUCGAUAUCGACCACUUGACUAUAAUAACGGAUCAAUCAGCUUAAAGUGAAAUAUUAUCUUGAAAGUGGUCACUCAGAUAUCUAAAAAGACAAAUUACAAUGAAUUACAAUUUCAAGUUUUCGGUUCGUAAAGUUAAUAACCCUGAAUCCAUUUGUAGUUUAUGUCGAGAUGUUUUUUUUUUUUAUUGCCCUUGUAGGCAGACGGUCAUACGGCCCACCUGAUGGUGAGUGGUUACCGUCGCCCAUGGACUUCAGCAAUGCCAGGGGCAGAGCCGAGCCGCUGCCUACCAAGAUGUCAAAAAAAAAAGAAUUUAAUACGUAAUUAAGUUAAUGGUUUCUCGAUUCCAAAAUGUGUAUUUAAAACUGAAGAAUCAUUUGUCAUUAAAAUCCAAGGAAAAAUUCAUAAGACGUACACAA